AUUUGCCAAAGACAGAACUACGAUAGAUACAAAAAAUAGCAUCUACUCAACCAACGAUGGCACAGGGCAGCGCAGAAGUUAACAAGCAGUAUUUCAACGAUAAUGCAGACGAUUACGACGCUCGAGCUGAAGCUUCAAAUGUUGCCAAUAUAAUUGGGGAAAACAUACUCCUUCGCCGGGAAUGGUCUGGUGCGGAGUGGGACGAAGCCACCACUCGUGUGCUGGAUUAUGCAUGUGGGACUGGAUUGAUCUCUCGGAUCAUUGCACCGUAUACAAAACAGAUCAUCGGGAUGGACAUAUCUGAAAAAAUGGUUGAGAAGUUUAACGAAAAGGUUAAUAACCAAGGCAUACCCGAGGAAGAAAUGGGCGCCGUCGUAGCCGAUCUUUGCGCGGACGAGCUUGACCCCUCUCUGUCGAAUCCCGAAUACCAUAAUUUCGAUGUUAUUGUGUGUGGGUUUGCAUUUCAUCACUUCAGCGAUGUCCAACUGGCUACGAAGCGGCUAGUUGAGCGUUUGAAGCCCAAUACUGGUGUUCUGUUGGUUAUAGACUUCAAAUCACACCCACCACCCUCUGAUCACAUUACAAACCACGGAGGACAUGCUCAUCAUGGGAGGCACCAGCACCCGGGUCACGGGGGCCAAGGGAAGCGUGCUACUGAGAUAAAGGCGCAAGACACAGUGGCACAUGGUGGCUUCUCUCAAGAGGAUAUGAGGAAAGUAUUCGAGGGUACAGGAUUGGUCGAGGUUGACUUUGUUGAUGUUGGGCCGAACGGGGAGCGUGGGAAGGCUAUUACCUUCCUCGGGCACGGUGGUGGAUCAGGGAAGGAUAUCCAGAUGGAAAGAGAAGUAUUCAUGGUAAAGGGAAAACGGGCCUAAGGAAUUGAUAAGAGAUGUACGAGAACGUGGUUGGCGAGAGCAGUCACGUAAAUAUAAAACGUAUCACGGGAAAACUAAUGAAUAAAUUUUUUAUCUAUUU